CACUCGAGCCUGCCCCAUCUCUCUUGAUGACCUAAUUGGCGAGCAGGUCAACUAUGGAACAGGUUUUACCAAUGAGCUCUGCUUUCUUUGAAAUUUAACAUUUAAAACGAGGUAAAUGUGAGGUGGCACCGCCAUUUCUCCUUUUUUUCUUCUAUCCCACCCCUCCACGCACUGCACUUCUUUUCACCUAGUCACCUAGGCGUCUUCGGGUCACCUGCCACUUUUGACACGACCUCAGUGUUCCUGCACAAGUUCUGCUGAGUCCCGCACGGAUCGCCAUCAGGAUCCAGUCGCACUUUAGGACGCGGAAAAAAACCCGAAACUUCUGCCGGUCCUUCUGGGUGUCUCAAGUUUACGCACAAGAUGAGUAUCAAGUCUGACUCCGAGCCAAACAACAACGUCUCUAUUGAAGAAGAGGUACGAACUCUAUUUGUCAGUGGUCUGCCGACAGAUAUCAAACCUCGUGAGCUCUAUCUGCUAUUUCGACCAUUUAAGGGUUAUGAGGGUUCACUUAUAAAGUUAACAUCAAAGCAGCCUGUUGGGUUUGUAACCUUUGAUAGUCGUUCCGGCGCUGAAGCGGCAAAAAAUGCAUUAAAUGGGGUUCGAUUUGACCCUGAAAACCCGCAGACCCUCCGGUUAGAGUUUGCUAAGGCCAACACGAAGAUGGCAAAGAGUAAGCUGAUGGGCACUCCAAAUCCCACAAAUAUCCACCCAGCUCUAGGAGCGCACUUCAUAGCACGGGACCCAUAUGACUUGACAGGGGCAACAUUGAUCCCAGCGUCUCCAGAGGCCUGGUCUCCUUACCCCCUCUAUACCACGGAGCUCAGCCCUGGCCUGCCCCACACAGCUUUCACCUACCCAGCAGCGGCGGCUGCAGCAGCUGCACUUCAUGCUCAGAUGCGCUGGUAUCCCUCCACAUCAGACUCAUCUCAGCCUGGAUGGAAAUCACGGCAAUUCUGUUAAUGCGUGUUGGUUUCUCUCUUCAAAUGGCAUCUUCCAGCUCCUGUUUAAAAUCAGUCCAGUUAAUUUGAACUUCUGGUUUUUGGAUGUAUUAACUCCUUUGAAAUUUGGCCAUAAAGAGAUUAAAUUUGAGUUUGUAUUGCUCAUUGAGCUUAUAUUGAAGUCAUUGCCAAUAGCACAAAAAUGAGAGGCAUAUAAAUCAUACAGUAGACCUUAGAGGUUGCUAAUGGAUGAGCCCCUUGAACUUAUCUAAUGGAUGCUAAUGGAUGAGCCCCUUGAACCCCCCCCCCCAUUGAAGAAUUUAAGAAUGGGGUUUUUUUUUUUUUUUACUUAUUCAUUCAUUGAGAUUUGCUCUGGGUUGAAGUAAAAUGAGACUAUCAACUGAAGCUGAUAUUGAGCAUGUUGGUUUUGGCAUGAAGUGUUGCUCGGUGCGUCAUUGUAGUGUAUUUGUUGCUUCCAUGACCGGUGUAACCUUGUCAUUUUGUCUUUAGUAGCUUGGUCAUUGAAGUUGCUCUGUUAUGUACAAAACUAUGGCCAACUCAUUUUGGGUAAUGUUAUGUCCAGACAGAUGGUUUCCCUUGCUAGAUUCCACUUUAACACAUCACAGAUGGUCUGAUGACUUUACAAAAUGACACAUUCUCAAUCUAGAGUGUGUAUCUGGGGAAAGAAGAGUUUUGUGCAAUUGAAAUUAGUAAUCUGUAUAAUUUAUUGGUAACUCUUUCUUUGUGGUGUUUGUUUUUGUAUCAAUGUCCUUCAUAGCAUUUUCAGAGGUUAAGUUGUAAUUUUCUUUUUUUUUUCUUUUUUUUGUUUAGACUGUGUCAGUGCGGCACAAAACUAACAGUAUAUGGACAGCAAGUUUGCUGCUAACAUGAAAUUGCUGUUUCAAGUUAAUACUCUGAAUAUAAAGAGAUGCUACAAUGGUGCAUGAUUUUUAAUGUGGGUGUAGUAAUGGUUAAUUCAGACAUUAGAAGUGUAUUUGUAAAAAAAAAAGUGUUUGGUGUACAAAAAUACUACUGUAUGAUAUAGUAUUAAAAUGGGAAUGCAUUAAAA